AUACCGUUGUGUAGAACCAACGGAAAUGGGUGUUGUAGAAAUCCCACAGCUACUACUAGUUACUUUUCCAGUUGGUUUUGUUGGGCUGUAUCUCUUGCUAAUUCUCAUCAAAUUUCUUCACAAAGUAUGGUGGAAUCCGAUUCAAGUAACAAAAAUCUUAUCUUCUCAAGGAAUCAAAGGUCCUCCUUACAAAUUCCUCCAUGGAAAUACCAAAGAAAUCUUUACAAAAUUACAUGGAACUAGAAGCAAACCAAUGAAGGACUUAUCACAUCAAAUCUUCCCGUAUAUUCAACCUUUCCAACACUCGUGCAUCAAAGAUUACGGGAGGAAUUUUCUUUGUUGGAUUGGAUCAAAACCUCAAUUGUUUAUAACUGAGGUCGAAUUAGUCAAAGAGAUAUUGAACAAUAAAGAUGGGGCAUACCCAAAAUGGAAAGCAGAAGGAUAUGGGAAGAAACUAUUAGGAGACGGGCUGGUGACAGCGGAAGGAAAUAAAUGGGUUAGACAACGUAAAUUAGCUAACCAUGCUUUUCAUGCUGAGAGCCUAAAGGGAAUGGUUCCAGCCAUGAUAGCGUCUGUUGAAAUAAUGGUAGAGAAGUGGAAAGCUUACCAAGGAAAAGAGAUAGAAGUGUUCGAUGAAUUUAGAAUCAUGACAUCCGAAGUAAUAUCAAGGACUGCUUUCGGAAGUAGCUAUGUUGAAGGAAAGAACAUUUUCGAGAUGUUGGUCAAGUUAGGUUCACUUAUAUCUGCAAAUUUUCUUAAGAUAAGGCUUCCUGUUAUCAGAAAACUUAUGCCAACGGAAGAAGACACUGAAUCAGAUAGGCUUGAAAGAGAAAUCAGAAAAUCAAUUAUAGGAUUAAUAAAGACAAGAGAAGAAAAAGUGAAGAGGGGAGAACUGGAAGGUGGAUAUGGGAAUGAUUAUCUUGGAGUGCUAGUGAAAGCCUUUCAUGAAUCUGACGAUCACAAAAAGAUUUCUGUGGAUGAUAUGGUUGAUGAAUGCAAAACUUUCUAUUUUGCUGGGCAUGAAACAACAACUAGUUUACUCACAUGGACAUGUCUACUUCUAGCCAUUCACACAGAAUGGCAAGACAAAGCAAGAAAGGAGGUUUUUGAGUUGCUUGGGGAAAACAAAAUUACUGCUGAUGACAAUUUCCUUGGGAAACUGAAAAUCAUGAAUAUGAUCAUUAAUGAAACUCUAAGAGCAACUGCAGUGGACGACUAAACCCAAAUUUAGUGUCGAGUGGGCUGGCGUAGUGGGACGGACCAUCGAUCAAAAUUUGAUCAAAGAGUAAAACUCGGACCAAAUUUGGUCGGCGAUUAA